AUGCUUUUAAGUAUCUUCAAUGAUGUCACAGCUCUAAUUUCUAAGCAGUGCAUAACCUUUGAAGAGCAUCUGCUUAGUGACAUUGGCCGGACAGUUCCCUGUGCCCACCUCCCAGGACUGGGUCCCUAUGGAGAAUGCAACAUCAUUGAUUUCCAAAAUGAUCUGUCAGAGGUUCAGCAAGGAAUCAGGUCCCUGUGUAUCUUCACUCAUGCCGAGGUCAUUCCUGCCAAUGCUUUCUCACGUCUCACAACUUUGGAAUUUCUCUGUAUAACUGGACACCAGGUAAGAAAGGUCCAUUCUGGUGCCUUUUCUGGCCUCCUUAACCUUAAGUAUCUGAGGGUGUUUUUCAAUGACAGCGGCUGCAGUAGUGUUAUAAUGGACGCUCCUGUGUUUGCUGGAUUGGAUCAUGUGGAGCAGCUGUUCUUGGAAGGUCUUAGCUGGGCUGGUGUUCCUAACACUACUUUUGAUCAUCUUGUUGGCUUAGUUGAGCUGGGUCUGAGCAGGAUUUGUGUUCAGGAACUUGGAGAGGUUUUGUGUCGUUUUUCGAAUGGUACGUUCCACUUGAAACACCUAAUGUUGCUGAGCAGCGGGAUCACUUCCAUCAGGAGUACAGGCUGCCCGUCAAGGUCCAAAGCAUGGCCUUUGACUGUGCUUGCAGGGGUACAAACUCUAAAAAUCACUGGGAACCCAAUCAGAAUCAUUGCGACAAACUCUUUAGCAGUGUUUCAAAACCUUUCAAGUCUCACCUUAAGCUUUUAUGGAGUAUGGCUGGGAAGCAUUUGGGAGUCUGGAAUAAGAAAACUCAGCAAGUUUCAAUUGUCAGGGAUUACCCUGAAUGAAUAUCAUACAAAUUUCAAGGACUUGUGCCAUCUAGUUUCCCACUUGAGUCUUCAGUCUCUUGAGCUAACUCAAGUAACGUUGGACACAUCGUCGAAAGAAGAUAUAGACAACUGUGGGACAGAACUGAAGAAGCUUAGUGUAUUUAAUUCAAAAAUACAGCAGCUGGACCCAGGAUUCUGGACAAACAUAGCAGGAUUACAGAUCUUGAACAUGGCUCACAUUGAACUGACUACAGCCCCAUUCUGUGUUGCCAGCAAUGGAACCAUGUGGAAUUUAACUACUCUGGGUCUUUGGCAUAACCAUCUGACAGUGGUCAAAACAAACCAGUUUGUUUGCAUGCCUCUGCUUGAGCAACUUCUUCUCAAUGACAAUUGGAUCAAAAUCUUGGAACCCGGAGCAUUCGCAGGUUUGUUUCACCUUAAGGUUCUCAAACUUAACUCGAACCGCAUCAGAGUGCUAGCUGUCAAUGACUUCCAUUCUCUCAGAGCUCUUGAAGUCUUGCUUAUUCACAACAAUGUGAUUGAGAAUAUCGAGCAUGGAGUGUUCAGAGACCUGGACGAGCUGCGAGAGCUGACAUUGGGAAGACUGGAGUACGUCUACACGUUGCAUCUGAGUGUGCUAUUUUACGGGUUUCCAGCGAAAAUGCAGCGUCUCUGCAUCGAUGCGCAUUACGGGACUAAUAUCUACAUUGGUAAUAUAGGUCGGCCCAACGGUUCCUUCAUAUUGGAGUUAAACGGAGAUAUUCUUAAUAUCUUAGAUUACUCUUCUCCCUUCUUUGAAUCUGUCCGAGAGCUCAAACUAAAUGGCAGCUUAUUCCUUUUUAAGUUGUGUUUUUUUGUGCCUUAUUUUUCAAAUUUAGAAUCAUUGGAGGUCUUGGGGAAUCCUGAGAAGGUAUACAUUAGAUAUACUGGAAUCAGCAAAUUGCGGUAUCUCAAGCGGCUCAAACUUAUCAAUCUCAACUUCUCCAACCACACAAAUCCUGACAUGACCUUCUGGAACCUAAAACUGCUCCGUAUCCUCGUACUUUACAACUGUCGCCUGAGUUUUCUGACAAAAAGGAUGUUCAGGGAUCUGCAGUCGCUAGAAUUGUUGCGUCUGUACAGUGUCAGCCCGUUGAUCUUACAUGAUGGGAUGUUUGACGUACUACCUGCUUUGAGAGAGGUUGUUCUUGACAAAGUGGACUUCCUCUGUGACUGUGAAAAUGGCUGGCUUUUAGAAUGGGCGGAGAGCUCGCGUCAAGUGCAGGUGAUCUAUAUGCAGCAUCAGCAAUGCAUUUUGCAUUAUGAGAAACGGAACUUCUUGGCCACCAUGGAGAAGCUGUGUCAAACAGACGUGCAGUAUCUGUGCUAUUUGGGCACAGCCAGCACCAUCACUCUGCUGGUGUCAGCUUCUGUCGCCUACCACUUUGCUUACUGGCCCUGCGUGGUCCUCAUCUUUCGCCUGAGAGGGUACGUAGAGAAGAAGAUCGGAAGAAGGAGGAGGAAAAGGCGGAGAGCUAGGCAGGAAGGGGACAACCUGGAGGUGGAAGAGGAAAUGAAAUAUGAUGCCUUUGUAUCCUUCAGUAGCCAUGAUGAAGCCUGGGUCUUGGGGGAGUUGGCUCCAAAACUGGAAGAGCAAGGCCAGCCGAGACUGCGACUCUGCCUGCACAACAGAGACUUUGAGGUGGGAAAAGGCAUAGUGGACAACAUUGCGGAGAGUAUCUACAGCAGUGAGCGCACAGUGUGUGUGCUGACUCGCCGCUAUCUUCGCAGCGACUGGUGCAGCCUGGAGUUGCGAGUGGCAACACACCGACUCCUAGAAGAACAGAAACAUCGCCUCAUUCUCAUCUUCCUCGAGCACAUCUCCCCCUUCGAGCUCAGUGCUUUCCACCGCCUGGCCAGGCUGGUGAAAUCGCACACGUAUCUGAACUGGCCACAGGACGAGAGUGAGAGGAUUCACUUCUGGGAGCGCUUGAGAAGAAACAUUGCGGCUGAAGGGAAAGUUAAAUACCACAGUGAGGGUGUGUAUGCCAUUAUUGCUAAACACUGUUUCACCUUUGAGGAGCAACUUCUCAAUGAAAUGGGCGACUCCAUCUCCUGUGAACAUCGUCCAGGACUUAGCCCUUAUGCAGAAUGCAACAUCUCAGACUUUCGCAAAGAUCUAUUGGAAGUCAAAACAGAGGUCAAAUCUCUUUGUAUCUUCCACAAGGCAAGGCUGAUUCCAGAAAAAGCGUUCUCACAUUUGCCAUCCUUGGAGUUCUUAUCUAUCUAUGGUGGGCAGUUGAAUGGGGUUAAAUCUGGUGCCUUCUUUGGACUCUCCAACCUGAAGUACCUAAAGAUUAUUUUUGAUGUCAACUUCCAAUGCCGCAACGUUUCCUUGGAGACUCAAGCGUUUGCUGGCUUGGACCACUUGAAGGAGCUGGAACUGAGAGGUUUUCAGUUCAAGAACAUUGCCACCUCAACCUUGGACCCAUUUGCUGGACUUGUGAGCUUGAUGCUAGCAAGGGUUUGCGUAAAAGACCUUGGAGAGGUUUUCUGCCAUCUCAGUGGUAACAUGUCUCAUCUGCAGCACCUGUCUUUGGUGGACAGUGGUGUGUUAGCCAUAUAUAAUCAAAGUUGCAUUAUGAAGUCUACAGUGCUGGCUGGAGUUAGAGUCUUAAAUCUAGAAGGGAACCCCAUCCAUAUCAUUCAAGAAGGUUCUCUGAAGGUGUUCCAGAACCUUUCCAGCCUUUCGCUGGAGUUCCAUGGACAGUCUGUUUGCAGCAUUUGGAAAUCUGGGAUUGGCCAGGUCGAUAAUGUCCGCAUCUCUGGACAAAUGUCAAAAAAGAUUUUUGUUGACUUUGAGGACUUGUGCCACAUGAUCACUCAUCUGAGUGUGGCGACGCUUGAACUGUAUCAUGUUACAGCUGAGAUGCUUUCAGAAGACCGUUUACAAAACUGCGGGAUACACUUGAGGAUGUUCAACAUAUGGAGCUCCUGGAUAAAACGGAUCAAUUUCGGGUUUUGGAAGAAUGCAACAAGGAUAAAAUCAGUGGCAAUGGUUGACAUGGGUUUGAAAGAAGCUUCAUUUUGCAGUACUGCUAAUGGGACCAUCUGGAACAUCACCAGCUUAAAUCUGGAGAAGAAUUCACUCACCGAGAUAAGGUCCAAUCAGUUUGCCUGUAUGCCCUUACUUGAGCAACUCAUCCUUAGCAACAAUGUCAUUGAAACUUUUCUUCAAGGUGCCCUGAAGGGUCUUCUGAGGCUCCGAAUUCUGAAACUUGAUGCAAAUAAGAUCAAGCAGCUUACCUAUCCGGACUUUGAGUCUCUUCCUGCUUUGGAGAUCCUGCUACUUGACAAUAACAAAAUUCAGGAGAUUGAAAAAGGCACAUUUAGGAACCAAGUGCAUCUGGAAGAGAUGACUUUGGGCACACUGAUGUAUUCUGAGUUCUACCUUAGUUUGAUUUUUUAUGGCUUUCCACCAAAACUCCACUAUCUCAGCAUUGAUGUUGGACCAUAUAUAGCAACAUUACACAUUGGGGACAUUUCUCCCCUUGAGAGACAUUUUGCUCUAAAUCUAAAUAUGUAUGAUAUACCAUAUUUUGUAUUUAUUGAAGACUGUGAUAAUCCAGCCCUGAGAUCUGUACAAGAACUGAGGUUAAAUGCCAAAAACAUGAUGUGCAAGUUCAGCAUCUUUUGGACCUUCUUUACAAACCUUGAAUCCUUUGAAUUCAAGGGUGAUCCUGAGAAUGAAUCUGAAAGAUACACAGCCAUCAACACACUGCAUCAUCUCAGACGUCUCAAACUAGUCAAUCUUAAUCUUUCCAACCACACGGAUCCAGGCAUCAUAUUCCAUAACCUUCAAAAACUCCAGAUCCUGACAUUGGAAAACUGCCGUCUUAACUUCUUAACAAAAAGCAUGUUCCAGGACCUGCAAUCACUGGUGCUGUUGCGCCUGUACAUCAGCAACCCUCUGAUUUUGCUGGAUGGGAUGUUUGACAUGCUGCCAUCUCUAAAGGCCAUUGUGCUCGAUAGGUUAGACCUCCGCUGUGACUGUGAAAAUGGCUGGUUAAUUGACUGGGCAAAGAGUUCACGCCAAGUGCAGGUGAUCUAUAUGCAGCGCCAAGAAUGCGUUUGGCAUUUUCAGAAGCGGAAUUACUUGGACACCAUGGAGAAGCUGUGUCAGACAAACGUGCAGUACCUGUGCUAUUUGGGCACAGCCAUCACCAUCACUCUGCUGGUGUCAGCUUCUGUCGGCUACCACUUUGCCUACUGGCCCUGCGUGGUCCUCUUCUUUCGCCUGAGAGGAUAUGUGGAGCGGAAGAUCGGCAGGAAGUGGAGGAUCAAAAAACGAAGAGUUGGGCAAGGAAGGGAGGACCUAGAAGUAGAAGAGGAGAUGAAAUAUGAUGCAUUUGUAUCCUUCAGUAGCCAUGAUGAAGCCUGGGUCUUUGGGGAGUUGGCUCCAAGACUGGAGGAGCAAGGCCACCCAAGGCUGAGACUCUGCCUGCACAACAGAGACUUUGAGGUGGGAAAAGGCAUAGUGGACAACAUUGCGGAGAGUAUCUACAGCAGUGAGCGCACAGUGUGUGUGCUGACUCGCCGCUAUCUGCACAGCGAAUGGUGCGGCCUGGAGAUGCGAGUGGCGACACACCGACUCCUAGAAGAACAGAAACAUCGCCUCAUUCUCAUCUUCCUCGAGCACAUCUCCCCCUUUGAGCUCAGUGCUUUCCACCGCUUGGUGACGGUUGUAAAAUCUCAUACGUAUCUGGAGUGGCCGGAGGAGCUGGCAAAGAGAGAGCACUUCUGGGAAUGCCUGAGAAGGAAUAUCAUCAGGGGCAACAUGGUAAGAAGGACUUCGGAAGAGAUAAAAUAUAAGCUGACAAGGAGUAAUAGACCUGGAGACCAUACUGUAUCCAAACUGGCCUCUACUCCCCUAAAGUUGGCAGUGGUGCACAUUACAGUAGUGUGACCAUGUAGAAACCUGUG